GCUGGCUCUGCAUUCUCCCCUCCGGCCCUCCCCUCGUCUUCUCUUCUCUUCUCCCCGCGGAGCGAGCGAGAGAAGCAAGGCCGCUCCGUGCCCCCAACCCCGCUCACUGAGCAAAGCGGAAAAAGCGAGGAAAAUAUCCUGCUCCAGCGAAGCACCGCAGGCCGCAGCCGCAGCCGCAGCAGAGAAGAGCAGACGCCAUCGCCCGCAGCCGCCGCCCCCGGAGAAUGGUGCGGGCCGGACCGCGACGGGCGAAGGAGGGCGCCGCGGCCCCCGGCGGCCCCCGCCGCCGCUGAUAGUAGUCUACCUGCUGCUAACCAGCCAUCUGAAGGCACAGUGGUCGCACGCGAGGGGCCCGGAUUGAUUGGGUGAUAGGCGGCGGGCGCAGAUCCACCGACCCCCUCGUCGUGCGCCUGUGUCUCUGGUUCCGGUCCGUGUCCCCUUGGCCGCUUGGUGGAGGCCGGAGGCGUGGUCGGUGCGUUUGGAGUUUGGGUAUGGCGGGUGGCGGCGAGGGGGAUCGCGUGGGUGUCGGGGGAGCCCAGCAGUUCGUGGACCGGAGCAAGGUGAGGAUUCUUCUCUGCGACGGCGACGCCACCAGCUCCCGGGAGGUGCUGCGGCUCCUCUGCAACUGCUCAUACCAUGUGACCUGCGCCAAGUCUCCGCGGCAGGUGAUCAAUAUCCUCAACUACGAGGGCGGCGAGAUCGACAUCAUCCUGGCUGAGGUCGAUCUUCCGGUCUCCAAGUGCUUCAAGAUGCUCAAGUACAUUGCCCGGAACAAGGACCUGCGUCACAUCCCCAUCAUAAUGAUGUCCAACAGAGACGAGGUGUCUGUUGUUGUCAAGUGCUUGCGGCUUGGCGCCGCCGAGUACCUGGUGAAGCCGCUGCGCACGAAUGAGUUGCUGAACCUUUGGACCCAUGUGUGGCGGCGGAGACGGAUGCUUGGUUUGCCCGAGAAAAACUUCUUCAAUGACAACUUCGAGUUGGUGCUCUCAGAACCUAGCGAUGCCAAUACCAAUAGCACCACCCUCCUCUCAGACGAGACCGACGAUAGGCCUAAAGGAAACACGAAUCAAGAAACAGGCACCUCAAAGCAACUUGAAUACGAGUCUAAUCCUUCGGUUGCUGAGCCCGACCAGAGAGAAAAGAUGGAGGGUGUUCCAGGCUCUGCCCUAGAUGCCAGUAAAAAAUCCUCUCCAAGAAGAGCGUUUUCACGCCCUAUAAAAACUAACCUGAGGGUUGCCGAGUCGUCUGCAUUUCUAGCAUAUGUCAAGCCAAGCACCCCAGCCACCAGCUCAUUUGACAGCGAAUUACAAAGGGGUGGCAGCCGAUUAGAUUCCUUGGAUAACCAGGGUAAUUGCUCUAGCGCAACCGAUAGAAGUGACACUGGUACUGAUGUAAAUAUUCGGAGUAAAGAAGCUUUUGAGAUGCCUGCGCAGUACCCUAUGGUAUGGUUUUCUUCCUCUAACAUGCAUAUGGAGCGAAGCAGCGAAGGCCAUAAUGAUACUUCAGGAACUCCACCUGCAUACCAUUUCCCAUUUUAUUACCCAGGGAUGGUAGAGCACAACAUGGCACUUUCGUCGGCGCAAGAUUUUCAAGCAAACAUAAACAAUGCUCAAGCACAUACACCGCCAGCGAUGCUUCCUCAGUACAAUGUUUAUCCUCAGUGCCAUGGUUUACCUGUGAUACCAUCAUUUCAGUUUAAUCCUUCUGGCAUGAGUACGCACUCAAGUCAUUUACCAACGCAAAAUGUGUGGUCAUCGGCAUCGAGCACACCACCAGUGCCUGAGGAAACAUGCAGUCGCUCUGAAAGGAGGGCUGCAGCACUUGCCAAGUUCAGGCUGAAGAGGAAAGAGCGCUGCUUUGACAAGAAGGUGAGGUAUGUGAACCGGAAGAAACUCGCUGAAACGAGGCCAAGGGUGCGAGGUCAGUUUGUUAGACAGCCAACCAAUACGGAUGUCAUCAGCAUUGGAGAUGAUAUAUCUGAAGACGAAGAUGACGAUCCAUCGUCCAGGGAGGUAGAUAUGGUUUCUUCUCCAGAGUAGUAGUGGAGAGGUCCUCCAUGUGAAAAAAUAGACUGCAGAUGGUUACUGCUCAUCUUGUUACAACUCAGUAGACCUAGGCAAUACACCCUUUUUGCUCACACACAGUAUUACAUUUUUGUCCCUAAAACAUGUGGCUGUUACCCUGGUUGCUUUAAUGAAGAAAUCAUCUUUGAUAAA